CUACCUUACUACUCUCCCCUUUCCGCCUCACAAUUUCGCUUCUCAAUUCUUACUAUUAUUAAGUCCUAACAAAAUAAACAAAGCCUCAAGCAUGGCUCACUCACGUGCCAUGCUCCUAUUGAUGUUCUCUCUCGCUCUUCUAGCAUCCUCAGCCAUGGCUCAAGCCCCAGGUCCAUCACCACCACCUUCAAUCUCACUGCCUCCAACUCCAACUCCAAUCGCCACUCCACCUACCGCAGCUGCACCUUCACCUUCAGUUUCCCCACCUCCUUCGCUGACCCCAACACCGACCCCAACGAGUACUCCGCCACCAGCUUUGACCCCAACAUUGACCCCCCCAGAGAGUAGUCCACCACCGGCUCCAUCUCCAAACGCAGCAACGCCAUCAGCUCCACCUCCACCUCCACCUCCACCAGCGCCAGCACCAGGUUCCACAAGUCCCGCACCGAAUCCUGGUUCUGGAGUUUCUGUUCGUGGAAAUAUCAUGGCCUUGUUGGCAUUUAUUGGAGGAGUAGCUUUAGUACUCUUUGUUUAGAAAUAGAGUGUCAUCAAUUAUUGUUUUAAACUUUUAUUUUUCCAUCGUGUAGAUUAAUUUAGAUGAUUAUCAUUUGUGUAUUCUUUAUGUUUUCUUCUUUUGGUUGAUUCCUGGACUUCCAUUUGUGAUUUGUGAGCAUGUUUUGGAGAUUAUCAAUGGGAUGUUACAUCAUUUUGACUUAAUAAGAGAGACUUUGUGAUCUUUGUUUGUGCUUA